UCUAAAGUCUCUUUCAAACUGGUCGAGAUGUUCUUCAGCUGCUUUCUUUUGCUACUGGCACUUAAUGUCCUGUCUGCAGGACGAGUACCCCAACCGGAAAACCGUAUUAUCGGAGGAAGUUCCAUUGAAAUCGAGCAGGUUCCGUGGCAGGUUUCCUUACAGUUUCAAGGACAACAUAUUUGUGGAGGUUCCAUUUACAGCAAAGAUAUUAUUAUAACUGCUGCACAUUGCCGUUUUACGAAAGAAGGUCGACGACUUGAGGCCAAAGACUUUAAAAUUCGAGUAGGAUCCGCAUUAAAAAACUCCGGCGGAAGACUUGUCCAAGUUGCAGCCAUUAAAUCCUUCGAAAUGUAUGUUUUGAAUACAACUGAGAACGAUAUUGCCGUGAUGCGAUUAAGUGAACCACUGGAGUUUACCAACAAAGUACAAACGAUUUCUUUGGCCGAUAAGAAUCCUGAUCCUGGAACUCCCGCAUUCGUUUCUGGUUGGGGAGCAACGUCAGCACAGUAUAAAUUUUUGAAUGGUCUUCGGGACGUGGUGUAUACAUAUCCUAUAAAUCUUCAGGGCGUUCGGAUUCAGAUCAAUAAGCCGAUAAACAUUUUCGGUGGAUUACUGGCUUCUUUACGUCAGGACCUAAUUACCGCCGGAGCUUUUGGACAAUCUACUUGUAGUGGCGACUCCGGUGGACCUCUGGUUGUUAACCAACAACUUGUGGGUGUCGUCUCAUCAGGUCUGGAAUUGUGCGAUGCUGAAGCCGCUUUCAUCAGUGUCCCCUACUUCCAAAAAUGGAUUUUACAUGCCAUUAAAUAUAUUUGA